UGAUUGUUUUCAUUUUUAUAGUUUUUGAAUAAUGGUUAAGAUUAUUUAUAUUUCAUAAGUUAAAAAAAAAACGUAUCUUUUUGUUUAAAACUGAAACAUGAAACUGUUUUGGCCUAAUAAUGUCUAGAAUAAGAGGAAUUGAGACAAAACCUCGGUUACAGAAAGACGUGUUACAAAAUCAACAAUGGCUUAAAAAUGGUUUCACUAAUGCCGUUAGAAAGAAAAGCGAAGAAGAAUCCUUUGAUAGAGACGAUGCGGAGAAGCAACAGAUAGAUGAAUUGCUGCAUAAGCUUCCAGCUUUGGACCAGAUAUUUGAAGUCCACCGAAAGAUUGGGGAAGGGACAUUCAGCUCAGUGUACCUAGGCUCCCUGCGGCGGCACUGCGCGCUGCCGGCCGCCGACCGCCGUUGGUUUGCAAUCAAGCACCUAGUGCCGACUGCGCAUCCUGCUCGCAUUGAGCAUGAGUUGAGAUGCCUACAAGAUAUUGGGGGAAAGCACAAUGUGAUAGGAGUGGAUCUCUGCCUGCGUCACCUUGACACCAUAGUGUUCAUUAUGCCUUACAUACCUCACAGGAAGUUCUCGGAGUAUGUGGGGGAGAUGGACUGGGGGGAGCUGCAGCGCUACAUGCGCGCGCUACUGGAGGCGCUCUUGCCGCGGGCCGGCUGCGGCUGCGGGGAGCGGGGAGGGGGAGGGCAAGAUUGUGCUCAUGUCUCCACUGCCAUUGGAAACUGCCAUAUGCGGUCAAGACAACUGUAA